AUGAGGGCUCCUCUGGCUAAUGAGGAUGCAUAUUGGCACGAUCCGGCGCUACCUUUAAAGCCCGAUAAGCUCGAAUCGAUAGCCAAAUGGCUAAGCUCGCUGCCCACAAAAAUACAGAGCACAUGGCAGCAGCUGGAGCAGCCUGAGGCUCUUGACCAGGGCCGGGCUUUACUCGAUCAUCCUCUGAAUGAUGCCGAUGCCGAUGCCUUUUCACUCUCUGCUAGUGAAAACACAAACACUGGCACUGCCAUACACGAUUGGGGAAUAGGACCACAGGCCCAGGAAGCAGAGGCCACUCAGCGUGCCAGAAUGAACUUCACCCGCCGUCCCCGACGCAAGAUAGGCUCCAUUGCGGCAAAGGAUUUGAUGAAAAUGGAAAGUCCCAUGCCGCAACCGCAACCGUUGCCAUACAACUAUUAUUGCAGUGCUCCAGCACCUCAGGCUCCGGCUCCAUCUACUUAUUCGGCUCCUGGUCCGAAUCCGAUUAUACUAUCGGCUAUUCCAUCCUUUGCUCCUGAGGCAUUGGCUUCAAAUCCAGGGUUAUUGCCCAUAGAAGUGCUUUUGGUGCCUGAACGGAUUGAUAUUCCAAAGAAUGUUAUAACAUCCCAGGGAUGGGAGGAGGGAUGGAACCUCAGUCAGGGGGAUUUGGCCAGGGAUAUAAUGCACAGCCGCCCGCUCCUCAAUAUGGACUUGGAGGACAACAACCAACAGGCAAUUGGAAUUGAUAUUGAAAUUGACAAAGAAGACCCAGACACACAUGGCACAGUUCACAGUGCAAUCAAGUCUCUCCCAACUGCGGCUCCUCCAGGACAAUCGAGUUCUUCGACAGUGGCUCGGCAUCAGCUCUUUAGCCGGCGGCCAGCCAAUGAAGCCCACCCAAAGCCGGACCUCAACUUUGCGCCGUCGAGCGUGAAAAAGUUGUAUCAACUGAUAUGCUCGCAGUACUCGGACUAUGCCUUUAUCUAUGCCCUGAGCGCCCAGCUUAGCCAGGAGUGCGUACCCAUGGACUGUUACGUCUACUUGAAGAUGGUCCUGCUGGCCAGCAUUGCGUCCAUCGAGCCGGACGAGUUGCGGUCCCCCAUCUCGCUGUGCAUCAUUGCCACCGACAGCACCAUGGCCAAUCGUCUGAUGUCCAGUGUGGGUCAGUUGGCGCCACGUUUCCUGGGCCCGCACGAGGGCGGUCUGCAGGCCACGCACUCGGCACUGCCCGUGCGCUACAAUUGGGUGGUGGCCAGUCCCCUGCUGAUGGCCCAACAGGGCGUUUACUAUGUCGGUGACUGGACGCGUCUGUCCCGCGAGCAUGGCGAACAGCUGGAGAAGGCUAUCGAGAACGGAGCGGUGCCCGUGCCGCAGACCCAGGGCGAGCAGCCACUCGAGACCGCCAUUUGGACGCACUGGCAACCGGAGAAUGCCACCAAUCAGACAGUGGCCUUUGCCAAACUGUGCCCUAUCUUUGGCCUGCCCAUUUACAUGGGGGAGAAGGUGAGCGACAGCCUGUGGGGUUUUCUGCUCCAGCUGCACAGCGAGGACGGCCAGAAGACGGAGCAGGAUGGACUGAACGUACCUGAAGAGGAUUUGCGCAUGCUCCUCGGCUUGCUGCACAAGCGCAAGGUGGUCUUUGGGGAUGAGGCCCAAUGCUUGCUGCAAAAAUACUAUGUGAUCUCACGCAAGCAGCGACCAAGUGUCUUGUUCUUUGCCACGUAUAUUGUGCUGAAACAGUUCGCCGAGUCGUUUGCCAAGCUGGCGAUGCGGUUGGAAGUCCUCGAAGCGGAUGUGAUCGUAGCCAUUUUUCAUUGCGAGCACUUUGUGCAGAAAAUAUUUGGUGCCCAAGAGAUGCCCGCACCAUCAAUGGAGACAUUCAGUGUGAUUUCCCACAUUGAUCCGUACAUGGAUGAGUUCACACGCUGGCUGUUGAACUACCUCGAUCGAUAUGGCGAGGAACAGCUGGGCAUUCAAGUCAAGCGCCGCAGUACCGGCAGCUGGGACCAAAUGGAAUAACACAACACUCAGUUAACUAUAAGUUUUCUAUUUUUUGGUUUAUUUUGUAUUUUUUUUUUGUAACUCGUAAGGCGCUCAAAGCAAACAAACAACUGCGAUGUGGUCUUACGCAUAUUAACCAGUUGUGAUUCAUCACCAUGUCGUUGGUGGCUCUAAGUGGUACAUUACCUUAUUACCUUUAGAAAAGGUACGAGAAAUGAAGCCAGGCAAAAGAAAUGCCAUGCCACUAACCGUUUUACUUUCAUACAUCUAUUAUUCCAAAUAUUCAAACAAACCAAAAAUGUAAUCACCAAAUAGGCAAAAAUAUAACAAUAAAUGUUUGGACAAUCCA